CGGCACCUGAAGAUGUUUGGCUACGAGCCGACCGUGUACUACCCCAAGCGCCCCAGCAAGCCCCUGUUUGAAGGUCUGACCACCCAGUGCCAGAAGAUGGACAUCCCCUUCCUCCCCGAGUUCCCGGCCGAGGUGAGGAGCAGCUGCGCUCAUCGAGGCCUGGUGGUGGAUGCAAUUUUCGGGUUCAGCUUCAAGGGAGCAGUGCGGGAGCCCUUUGGCAGCAUCCUCAGCACCCUUGAGCGUAUCACGGUGCCCAUCGCCAGCAUCGACAUCCCCUCAGGGGACGUGGAGAAGGGGAAGGCGGACGGUCUCCAGCCCGACAUGCUCAUCUCGCUCACGGCGCCCAAGAAGGCCGCAAUGCAUUUUACUGGCCGCUACCACUUCCUCGGGGGUAGGUUUGUGCCCGCCGCGCUCCAGGAGAAAUACGCUUUAAACCUGCCGCCGUACCCUGAGACGGACUGCGUCCUGCAGCUGACCUAG